UGAUCACAGUCUUAGGGCGCAUGCUCUAAGGUCUCGGCGUUCCGCAGCGGCUGAGGCGACUGGGAUUUCGUUUGGGCGGCCGCGUGGUCCUGGAUAGUUUGUAGAGGAUGCCCCAUGAGGAAAUCUCCAACACAGCUCAACCUCAGGAGCAAGACUGUCUACCAAGUCAGCAUGUCAGUGCUAACGAAGGCAUGUCAGCUGGGCAGGAGAAUGGUGGGGUAUCGGAGGCUGGAGAGUGCCUCUCCUCUGCUUCCUCUGAGUACCGGCCAUCCACAUCCGAAGCCACAAGGCGAGGGCCAACCUUGCUACACAUUGAUCGGCAUCAGAUCCCCGCAGUGGAGCCCGGAGCGCAGGCCCUGGAGCUGCAGGGCCUGGGUGUGGAUGUCUAUGACCAGGCCGUCCUGGAGCAAGGUGUGCUUCAGCAGGUGGACAGCGCAAUGCACGAGGCCAGCCGUGUGGCUCAGAUUGCUGAUGCGGAGAAGGAGUAUCAGUCAGUCCUGGAUGACCUCAUGUCAUGUACAACAUCCCUAAGACAAAUCAAUAAAAUUAUAGAGCAACUUAGCCCUCAAGCUGCCACCAACAGAGAUAUCAACAGGAAGCUGGACUCUGUGAAACGACAGAAGUAUAACAAGGAACAACAGCUAAAGAAGAUAACUGCAAAACAGAAACGUCUCCAGGCCAUCCUUGGAGGGGCCGGAGUCCAAGUGGAACUGGAUCAUGCCAGCCUGGAGGAAGAAGAUGAAGAGCCAGGGCCGUCAUGUCUUGGCAGUAUGCUCAUGCCCGCGCAGGAGACCGCCUGGGAAGAGCUUAUCCGCACUGGCCAGAUGACACCAUUUGGUACCCCAGCCCCUCAGAAACAGGAGAAAAAGCCGAGAAAAAUAAUGCUCAAUGAAGUAUCAGGCUUUGAAAAAUAUUUGGCAGACCAAGCACAACUGUCGUUUGAAAGGAAGAAACAAGCUGCUAACAAAAGAGCAGCUAAAAAAGCCGUGGCCAAAUCUGAGUCAAGCCCAGGACCAAGUGAAAGUAAGCCAAAGCCGAGAGGCCAGGUCCUCUCGCAGGCAGACAAGCGCUUGAAGAAGCACAUCAGGAAGCUCCAGAAGAGGGCGCUGCAGUUCCAGGGGAAAGUGGGAUUGCCAAGGGGGAAGAAACCUCGGGAGCCUGAGGUGAGGCCAGAGGAAGAGGGAGAUACCGAGGGUGAGGAGUCUGGGUCCUUUUCCACCGAAGGGGAGGAGGAGGAAGAGCAAGAGGAGGAGGAAGAAGGGGUAGCCAGCCUGUCUUCCGAUGACAUCAGCUAUGAAUUGAAGCCUCUUAAGAAGGGCCGGAAAUACCAGAAGAAAGUCCCAGUGCAGGAGGUUGAUGAUGACUUUUUCCCAAGUUCUGGGGAGGAAGAUGAAGCUAUGGAAGGAAGAGGAGGAGGCCGCAAGGUAGCAAGGUGUCGAGACGAUGGAGACGAGGAUUCUUAUAAGCAGCGGUUAAGGAGGUGGAAUAAACUGAGGCUGCAGGACAAAGAGAAACGCCUGAGGCUUGAAGAUGAUUCUGAGGAAAGUGAUGCCGAGUUUGAUGAAGGUUUCAAAGUGCCGGGUUUUCUGUUCAGAAAGCUCUUUAAGUAUCAGCAGACAGGUGUUAGGUGGCUGUGGGAAUUGCACUGCCAGCAGGCAGGAGGAAUUCUGGGAGAUGAAAUGGGAUUGGGCAAGACCAUCCAGAUAAUUGCCUUCUUGGCAGGUCUGAGCUACAGCAAGAUCAGGACUCGCGGUUCAAAUUACAGGUUCGAGGGACUGGGGCCUACUAUAAUUGUCUGCCCAACAACAGUGAUGCAUCAGUGGGUGAAAGAAUUCCACACAUGGUGGCCUCCCUUCAGAGUGGCGAUUCUGCAUGAAACAGGUUCCUAUGGCCACAAAAAGGAGAGGCUGAUUCGAGAUAUUGUUCAUUGUCAUGGAGUCUUGAUAACGUCUUAUUCCUACAUUCGGCUGAUGCAAGACGACAUUAGCAGACAUGACUGGCACUAUGUGAUCUUAGAUGAGGGACACAAAAUCCGAAAUCCAAAUGCUGCUAUCACCCUUGCUUGCAAACAGUUCCGCACACCUCAUCGGAUCAUCUUGUCUGGAUCACCGAUGCAGAAUAACCUCCGAGAGCUGUGGUCACUCUUCGACUUCAUCUUCCCAGGAAAGCUAGGCACGUUGCCUGUGUUUAUGGAGCAGUUCUCUGUCCCCAUCACUAUGGGAGGAUAUUCCAACGCUUCCCCAGUACAGGUCAAAACAGCCUAUAAGUGUGCAUGCGUCUUAAGAGACACCAUUAACCCAUACCUACUUCGGAGAAUGAAAUCAGAUGUCAAGAUGAGCCUGUCUUUGCCAGAUAAAAAUGAACAGGUCUUAUUUUGCCGUCUAACGGAUGAACAGUACAAGAUCUACCAGAAUUUCAUUGACUCCAAAGAAGUGUAUGGGAUUCUCAAUGGAGAGUAUCAGAUUUUCUCUGGACUUGUAGCUCUGAGGAAGAUCUGCAACCACCCAGAUCUCUUUUCUGGCGGUCCCAAGAAUCUCAGUGGUCUUCCAGAAGAUGCUCUAGAAGAAGAUCAGUUUGGUUACUGGAAACGCUCAGGGAAGAUGAUUGUUGUUGAGUCUUUGCUGAAAAUAUGGCAUAAGCAGGGUCAGCGGGUGCUGCUGUUUUCCCAGUCAAGGCAGAUGCUGCACAUCCUGGAAGUGUUCCUGAGAGCCCGCAAGUAUUCCUACCUCAAAAUGGAUGGGACCACUACCAUCGCGUCCAGACAGCCGCUCAUUACAAGAUACAAUGAGGACACAUCCAUCUUUGUCUUUCUCCUGACCACACGGGUGGGCGGCAUAGGCGUGAACCUGACUGGGGCCAACAGAGUCAUCAUCUACGACCCUGACUGGAAUCCAAGCACCGACACACAGGCCCGGGAACGAGCAUGGAGGAUAGGUCAGAAGAAGCAGGUCACUGUCUACAGGCUUCUGACAGCUGGCACCAUUGAGGAAAAGAUCUACCACCGACAAAUCUUCAAGCAAUUUUUGACCAACAGAGUGCUAAAAGACCCAAAACAGAGGCGCUUUUUCAAAUCCAAUGACCUUUAUGAGCUGUUCACUCUGAGUAGUCCUGAGCCAUCCCAGAGCACUGAAACAAGUGCUAUUUUUGCAGGAACUGGCUCCAAUAUUCAGACACCCAAAUGCCAUUUAAAAAAAAAGACUCCACCAUCCGUAGGAACAGAUCUCAAGAAAUUCCCUUUUUCUGACACAUCUGCAAAUGGCGUCACCCUGACUGAAGAAAAAUGUAAGGCACUGGGGGCUGCAGGAAGUGAACCUUCUGGAGAAAGUGGCCCUUUGAAAGGCGACCAUCAUAUGAGUGCUAACAGAACCAGCAGUGCUGUGCUGGGAGAAGAGACGGAUGCAGGGUCCAGGCUGGAGGAACGCUCGCUGACGAGUGCAGAUGGGAAGUGUUCGGACUCUCCAGCCGCCGUCGAGCACACUUCUGGGCCAUCUGGUGAGGCGAGCACUGGUGGGGAGCAGGGCUCUCCUUGCAAAGGGGGGUGCCGCCAGGCUCAGACAGAGCCCGUCUGCGUGAGUCAGCAGGCGGAAGGGCGUUUCUUUAAGCACAAAUCAAAAAGGAAGCAUGAGGUAGCAGAGGGAGAGACUUCACGUCCCCAGCAAAAGGCCAGGACCUCCAAGCACUGCAGAGAUGCCAAGUUUGAGGGGACUCGAGUCCCGCACCUGGUGAAGAAGAGGAGGUACCACCAGCAAAGCACUGAGCAGGAGAGCGAGGCCAAGGAACGGAGCAGUGACGAUUAUGUUUUGGAAAAGCUUUUCAAAAAAUCAGCGGGAGUGCACAGUGUCAUGAAGCAUGACGCCAUCAUAGAUGGGACCAGUCCGGAUCAUGUGCUGGUGGAGGCGGAAGCCAGCCGCGUGGCGCAGGAUGCCUUGAAAGCGCUGAGGCUCUCUCGUCAGCAAUGCCGGGGGGCAGCAUCUGGCAUUCCCACCUGGACCGGCCUCAGGGGUGUUUCUGGUGCACCCGCAGGAAUAAAGAACAGGUUUGGUCAGAAAAGGAACUCCAACCUCACUGUGCAGCGUCCUUCAUCGUUAACAGAAAAGAAUCAGAACGAGAAAAAGGAGGGGAAAGUUCAGGCCCCUGAGCACUUCAGUGGCAAAGAAGAUGGAGUGUCUUUGUCUGGAGCCCCCAGUUCCUCCUCACUCUUGGCCAGAAUGCGAGCAAGAAACCACCUGAUUCUGCCAGAGCGCUUGGAGAGUGACAGCGGGCACCUUGCUGAGGCUGCCGCCCUGCCCCGCUCCAGCACAGAACACGAUGACCUUCUGGUGGACAUGAGGAACUUCAUUGCUUUCCAGGCCCAGGUGGAUGGCCAGGCCAGCACUCAGGAGAUCCUACAGGAGUUUGAAUCCAAGCUAUCCGUGGCACAGUCCUGUGUCUUCCGAGAACUAUUGAGAAAUCUGUGCAAUUUCCACAGGACUCCUGGUGGUGAAGGGAUUUGGAAACUGAAGCCAGAAUACUGCUGAAUAGCAGUACUCCCUAGACUUUUUCAAAUGGAAAUCUUGGCUCACCAAUCCUGUGAUUAGUGAUCGUGUGUGUGUGUGUGUGUGUGUGUGUGUGUGCACGUGUGUGCGUGCACGCGCAUGCCUAAGGUCAUGGCUCCAUUUAGUGUUUACUGUGUUGUCUACCUCAAGACUAAAACUUGAAGAAGAAAAUACUUGGAGGUUUUAGUUUUGUUUCGUCUUGUUUGUUUUCUUUUGGUGGCACUGUGGAUUAUACUAUAAAACUAGGGACCUAACAUUUAUUUAAUGAAGCAAAUAUAUUUCUUUUUUUUUUUCUUUUUUAGGUUUUUUUUUUGAGACAGGGUUUCUGUGUGUAGCCAUGCCUGUCAUGGACUCACUUUAUAGACCAGGCUGGUCUCGAACUCACAGAGAUCCUCCUUUUUCUGCCUCUCCUCAAGUGUAAAGGUGUGCACUAUAACGCCCAGCUUGCAAAUAUAUUUCUUAACUGAAAAGAUGCUGUCAGGGAGCAUAUUCUAUUUAAGAAUAGAUACGGUUCUUCUCACUGGUGCUGGGAACAAGCCUUUUGUUUAUCCCCCCCCCCAUCCCAUAAGUCACUUCAUCAGUACCUGAUAACCUCAGUGUCUUAAUGCAGAGAUGUAAGUGUUUCUGGCCUCAUACAGAAAGACUUACUAGCCAUCAAAUCAUUAAUUAUCUGUCAAUAACUAUCUACAGUACUUUCAAAUCAGUGGGUUAGGGUUUUGUUUAUUUUAAAUGGUGCUGGAGGAUAGACUCUGGUGCCUUGCUCAUGCCAAGCCUGUGCUCUACCACCAAGUUCAUACAUGUGCACCUAGAGGGAAGAGUGUUUACUGCUCUGUGUCAUCAUUCUCUAAAGACCAUAAAAGAGGUUUGUUUAAAUAGGCCAAGACGUUCUAAAGUUUAGUCCUUGGCUCAGAAGGAAGUCACAACACCUGUCUCCUUCUGGGAGGUUCUUGGCUUAUUUUUUUCUUCUAGCCUGGAAGGAGAUGCUGCUGCCCUCUCAGGCUGCUGUGCUGAGCUGACUCGUUAGCGUGUGCAUCGGUGCGUUAUGCCUGUAAUGUCUGAGGUCCGAGUUGUGUUGGGCUAGAGAAGGUGUAGACAUCUCUCAAGCGUCGAAGGUUGCCCACUGUGCCAUGUGGUGAGGGGUCCAUGUUCCACCUCUGCCGCUGACCUGCCCAGCCUGGGGAGGUUGAGCCUCAGGUCUGGAAACAUGAUCAUCCAGCAACUGGGAGAAACCUAGGGACCAGUGCUCUAAGUUAGAAGUAUAUAUAGGACCUCUACACGCUGAGCUGCAGUCUGACUUUUCGAACAUUAAAUGCUCUGUGCAGUGUAAAUAGAUCUAAUGUAUUAAACAUGUUAUAUAAUUACAAAUAAAAGAUUUUUUUAAAUACCAGCUUUUUACUAGAUUGUCCCUGUUAAAAGCUUUCAAGCACUCUCUGCCUUUCCACCCCAACCCGGUUGUGCUACUGUUCCAGACCCUGUGCGGUUGCCCAGGCAUUCACAUGGCUGCCGGUGUGGGCUGCUCCUUCCAGCCUUGAGUUUUACCUGGACUCAUGACUGCUCAGCUGAAAAUUGCUUCUCAGCCUCUCUGGCAGGUAGUUGUGGCCACAUGACAGUUCUAGGCAGUAAGAUGAAAAUUUUCCAGUUUGGGGCUCAGACAAAGAGCCGUGCACUCCCGUGAGAGCGCCUUCUUUUGCUGGCCACGAUGUCUGUGAGAGCCUCAGGGGUCUCCUGGUGUUUCAGAGGGUGUGUGUGCAGGUCAGGUACGGCUGUCUUUUUGACCUGUACCUAAGAGUGGAAUCAAUAAAUUUUUGUUUAACAUUGUAGUAGAGACUGUUUUAAUACAUAUUUAUUUGAUGCAUGUCAUAAUACAAUAAAAUUUUCCUGUUACAUCUAGCUUUGACAUUGUAUAGGUCUUUUACUCCUAUGAUAUAGGUCCACUUUCGAUGAACCUCUGAACUCUAACCUUUCACAGGCUCGGUUUUCCCAAGCUUUCCCACAGCGGGUAGUUUCCAUCUUGGUAGAUUGUUUUAAAGUCAAUCUUGUGAAUGAAAUAACCUAUUUUAACUUGAAUUUACCUGAUUGACACCAUCUAUGUUUGUUGAUUACUUGCAAAUCUUUGCUGUACCUUGCCUGUUCGUGUCAUAUUCACCUAGUUUUCUAAACAGAAAUGCAAGACAGUUAUGGAAGAAGCAAAAAGGAAAAGCCAUUAUGGAAUAGUCCAUCCCCCAUUCGUUCCAAAUGCCAGCUUUCAACUCAUGACACUGCAUGUGCCGCACAGCUGGCGUCAGACCCCAUGUCUGUUUCUUUUCUUCACACUCUGCAUGCUGACAUUUGGGUUUGCACUGUUUUGCCACCUGUAGGAAAGUAUUCUUUUAAAUCUCUUCUGUGUCUUAUUUUUGUGCAUUUUCUGUUCCAAGAAAAUGAUAGAAUUCGCUUAUUAAGUUCCACUAAAGUCGUGGUGCUCUUUUGGCUGGGAUUGCAUUGGUUUGUCCAUUAAUUGGAGGAUAAUGGACUUCAUAAUUAGUAUAAUUUUCCCAUUAGUAUUAUGAUAGGCCUCAUUUUAUUUAAGUCCUUUAUGUGUUUGGUUAACAUUUCUCAUAAGGGUCUUCACAUUUUAUAUUAGCUUUGUUCUUGCUCUUUUAUAGAAUUUUAGGUUAAAAAAAUCUUCUACUUUCACAUAAAAAUCUGGACAAUUGGAACAUUCCUGUAUUAAUUUUGUGUUGCUUAUCAGCAGGAAGCAUUUACAUUCAAGGCUUCUAUAUUUAGUUUUUUCAUUUUGCCUUCUUAUUAAUAAGCCACUCGUUAGCCUAAUGCAGUCUCAUAAAUGCUCUUGUUAGUUACCGGUGUGGUUUGAACGUAAAGGGUCCCACCUGUAAACUCAUGUCUUUAAACACAUGGUUCUUAGCUGGUGACGUUCUUUGGAACAUUGUGGAAAAACUGGACAUAACGUCCUGCUGGAGGAAGUGGUCUCUGGGGGUGGGUCUUGAGGUUCAUAGUCCAGCCCCGCUUCCUGGUCCCUCUCCGUUUCCUUCUGACUGCUCAUGCAAUAUACCACUGCACUUCCUCAUGGCUGUCAUGGACUUUGUCAGGCAAACAUUUUGCCCUUAGGUUCUUUUGUCUGGGCAUUUUUGUCAGCAAUAAGGAAAAUGACUAAAUACAAUUAUAUAGAGAUAGUUAUUUUCUUAACAUUUGAAAAACAUAGAUCAUCCCCUUCCCCCUGAUUUUUACAUUUAUAAAGACAACACAACGCUAUCAUGUCCAUAUAAUUAUGGGAAUGUUUCUGGGCUUUAUAUUUUGUUAACGUGGUCCAUUCAUCUUUACCAAUAAGCCAUUUUUAAUCAUGUAAGUUUGUAAUUGGUUGUCGGAAAUUAUAGAACAACUCUUGGAUCUUCUUUGUUCUGUAUAUAUUAGAUUAUCUUGCCACAUUUCGAUUUUGUGAUUACUAAGAACGUGCAGAUUUGUUGAAGAUUAUUUAUGAUGCUGGGUUCUGUGUGUCUCUGAAUAAGUCACUAUUACUUAUCUUUACUACCUGUUUAUAAAGAAAUAAUUGCAGUGUAUCUCCAAUUUUGUAAUAGAAUCAUGUACAACUUUGUCCCAUCCCUGAUUUUGUUCACAUAGUAAAAGGCACUUGAAAACUCA